AUGGCAAACCGUGAAGGAGAGGUGGUAUGCGUCACCGGCGGCAGCGGUUUCAUCGGCUCGUGGAUCGUCCAGUUGUUUCUUCACCGCGGCUACACCGUCCACGCUACCGUAAAAGAUAUCGGCGAUGAGAGAGAAACGAAGCACCUGCAGGCCAUGGAUGGAGCCGACACACGUCUCCAUCUCUUCCAGAUGGAUUUACUCCGGUACGACUCAAUCGUCGCCGCCGUAAGAGGCGCCGCCGGCGUGAUCCACGUGGCUUCUCCCUGUUCCGUCGAUCGAGUCCACGAUCCCCAGCGGGAGCUGUUGAAUCCGGCGGUUAAGGGCACCGUUAAUGUACUGACUGCGGCCAAGGAGGUUGGGGUUGAGCGCGUGGUCGUCACGUCGUCUUUAUCGGCCAUGGUUAUCUGCCCAGACUGUAUGGUUGAUGCGGCUCGGAAUGAGGAUUGCUGGGCUGAUGAGGAGUCCUGCAAGCACAAGGGGCUUUGGUAUCCUCUUUCUAAAGUCCUUGCUGAAAAAGCUGCAUGGACAUUCGCUGAGAGAAAUAGCCUGGAUAUUGUGGUGGUGAACCCUGGAACAGUCCUUGGUCCAAUUAUUCCCCCAGCAAUAAAUGCAAGCAUGCUAUUGGCUCGAAGCCUCCUUCAGGGCAAGGAAAUUCCUGCAGAGUUCUUUAUGGGAUUCGUGCACGUUCAAGAUGCGGCUUUUGCACAUAUACUAGUAUACGAAAACAAAGCUGCAACAGGAAGGCACCUGUGUGUUGAGUCUUUAUCCCAAUAUGAUGAUUUCGCUGCUAAGUUAGCACAACUUCACCCCGAGUACAAGAUUCCGAGGCUACCAAAGAUUGCUAUACCUGGAGUUGAAAUUGGAGGUGCAUCAAAGAAGCUAAUAGACUUGGGCCUAGAAUUCAUUCCACUGGAGCAAAUUGUCAAGGAUUCUGUUGAAAGCUUAAAGAGCAAAGGUUAUCUUUCUUGA